AUGCCUUGUUCUUAUGGUGAUUUAACAUCGUGCAGUCAAAUGUCACAAGCUGCCUACAGGUACACGGCAGCCGCGGCUACGAUAGCAAGAAAUUAUAAUCCCGGUACCGGCGGCAUGGUCGGCCAUCAUCCUGCCGGCGGUGGACAAUGUGCCGUUAUGGGUGGACGUCAAGACGUUCAUCACAGACCUCCUAUGUUUCCUAGCUCAAUGAAUUUACAAGUUUUUUUUGUUACCGUCGCUUUUCCAUCAUAA